CAAACUUGUUCGAAUGUUAUUUUCUGAAAUUAAGUUUUACAAACAAUCAAAUAUUGACGAAAAUGCCGCUUGCAAUCUGAAGCUGACCAAAGAAUGUCAACAUGGCGGCUUGCACGAGUGAAAACGGUGCCAAUGGAAAACUCGAAUUCUUUUUAAAGGUGCCUUUCCCAUCUGAAAGAGAAGCAAUUAUUGCGCUGCGGUCUUUAUCGCCAGAUCCUGAGCCCAGGAAAGGAGGAAUCGCCAAACAUCUGGAUGUUUCAGGACAAACACUGUCCGUGAGGUGGACUGCGGAUGAAGCCCGUAUUCUCCGUGUUUCUGUAAGUUCAUUCCUGGAUCACUUGUCUCUAGUGAUGGAAACUAUGGAUGCGUUCGGGCCACCUGUUUCACAAUGACACUUUUGAGAGCUAACGACAGGAAAGAGAGAAAAGUUGUGGACGCAGAGACACACCAUGCUUGCUUGUAGGUCUAAGAAUGUGGUGGUCAGUCUGGACUGCAAGGACUCAAAAAGCAUAAUGUGCUUUUAUUCUGUUUGUGGAAUGCCAUAUGUUCUUCUGAUGUCUUAAUAAAUAUGCUUAUGCUCUAGGUUUUUCAAUGUAACAGAUUUCCAAUAUAAAAGUAAGCCAAGACAAAUUUGUAGAUAUAUAAGAACCACAGUGUUUUGUCAUUUGAAUAAAGGUUUAUUAAUGGAGCAUUGUUCAGAAAACAAUAAUAAGAGAUGAUUUAACAAUGUCCUAGGAAAUGUAGUUGUUUAUAAAAGAGGGACAGAAGUAUUCAUUUCUAUUGGCAGACAUCACUGAUUAUAACUUUUUCAAUCAAAAUAAUCUACAAUACUGGUUGAUAGAAAUAAACAUGUUAAAAAUCAA